UGCAGUGUUGCCCGAUGACUUCGGCACAUUGUCAGUGAAAAUGGCCUCAAGUGGAGAUAUUUUUAAACAAACAAAUUGGGAAAGAAGUGGAAAAAAUGAAUUCUUGAGACAAUGCAAGAAGGCAUUGAAGGAUACCCAGAGUCCACUCUUUGCCAAAUCCUCCGAUCGCAAAUCCAGCAUUUCACACGCUGUCUACGAGCUCCUGGCCCAUGGAGUCCGCGGACAACUCCGUAAGGACUCUGUCCUUUCGGCUCUCACUGAGCUUGCUUACCUUCACUCGGACAUGCCGUCGAUAAUCCUGGAUGUGAUUGGAGUUCUGGAUGCAGAGACCAGUGCCAGCGCUGGAGAUUCAUCCCAGGAGGAGCGCCAGCAGUUCUGCAACAUCGUCAAGGCCACGGAGAAGUUCCUCUCGGAGAAGCUGCUGAAGGAGCGCCUGGAGAUUGAUACGCUGCAGGAAGUGGGCACAGUGAAGAACAGGAACUUCUACACAAAGUUCAUCAAGGUCAAGACCAAGCUAUACUACAAACAGCGUAGGUUCAAUUUGUUCCGCGAGGAAAGUGAGGGGUAUGCCAAGUUGAUCACAGAGCUGAACAAAGAGAUUUCAGACACAACAACAGUUCAGAGUAUGCUUGAGAUAAUAAAAUCACUGAUUGGAUGCUUCAAUUCCGAUCCAAAUCGCGUUCUUGACAUCAUUCUGGAGUCCUUUGAGACACGUCCAGAUCAGGAUAGGCUAUUCGUUCCCCUUCUGCAGGCCUACAUGCCCGAUGGCCAGAUCAUCUGCGAAGUGUUAGGCUACAAAUACAGCCACUAUGCUGAUAUUGGAACACCGGCAUCUCUGUACAAAGUCACAGCGAUUCUGCUGCAGAACAGUGUGAUAUCGCUUGAUGAGAUUUAUUCUUGGUUGAGCCCUUCGGACAAGACGAUCAUUGCAGAUUGGGAGACAGAGAUGACCAAUGCCAAAGAAUUUGUGCGAAAGCUGAAUAUUGUGUCGACGAAUAAGGACAAGGAGCCGGAGAAUGAGCCGGAGAAGGAUGUGCCUCAGGAUAAAUAUUCCAAUAAUCAGAAAUUUGGUUUGUGUGAGGCUUUGCUAAGGGUUGGAGAUUGGAUAACGGCUCAGCAGUUGAUUAAGAAAUUGCCUGAACAAUCGACUAUUGUCCAUGAGCCGAUUGCCAGAGCCCUCUGCAAUCUCAUCCAUUCGAUCAUUGAGCCAGUGUAUGGGGCUAAGUGUGCCAAGGGUUACAUCAGGAGGAAGCCAACUCCGGGGCAUCCCAGUCGUCUGGCUCCACCGCAAGUGACAACGUUUCAGAAGUUACGUGUCCAUGCCUUUCCCAUGUUCAUAGCCCUUGGUCCCUCGCUCCACUACGAUCCUGUGCUCCUGUACAAACUCGUGCGUCUCAUGAAGGCAAUCCUGCAAGAUGCCAAUGUUGACGCAUCUCAGCCACCGGCUUCAGGGAGUGAUACUGAACUUCUCUAUCAUGAUAUCCUCAGCCUUCUCGAUGCAGCAGUUCUGCCGGCUCUGUCCUACUUGGACUGCAAUUGCUGCGUGGCUGAGGAGAUCUGGACCGUUGUGAAGUUCUUCCCGUAUCAGUAUCGCUUCAGUUUGUACGGAAGGUGGAAGAAUGAGACGUACCUGACGCAGCCGAGGCUCAUUCAGAAGCGCGGAGCUGCUCAGAAGCAGAUUAAGGCCCUGAUGAAGAGGGUCAGCAAGGAGAACAUCAAACCAGUUGGACGUCUGAUUGGGAAGCUGAGUCACUGCUCGCCUGGUUUCCUCUUUGACUAUAUCCUCCUGCAAAUCCAGAUCUAUGACAAUCUCAUUGGACCUGUUGUGGAUUCCCUCAAAUAUCUGACGUCCCUUUCCUACGACGUCCUGGGCUACUGCCUGGUGGAGGCUCUGGCCCAGGCGGAUCGGGAUCGUUUCAAGCACGACGGAACAUCCCUGUCCAUGUGGCUGCAGAGCCUGGCCAGCUUCUGCGGUGCCAUUUACAAGAAGUACAACAUCGAGCUGAGUGGUUUGCUGCAGUACGUGGCGAAUCAGUUGAAGGCUCACAAGAGCCUGGAUCUGCUGAUCCUCAAGGAAGUGGUGCAGAAGAUGGCAGGGAUUGAGGCGGCUGAGGAGAUGACAAAUGAUCAGCUGAGUGCCAUGUGUGGCGGGGAACAGUUGCGCGGGGAGGCGGGAUACUUCAGUCAGGUGCGGAAUACGAAGAAGUCGUCGCAGAGACUGAAGGAGGCACUGGCCAGCAAUGAUCUGUCCGUGGCUCUGUGUCUGCUGAUGGCACAGCAGAAGCACUGCGUCAUCUACCGGGAAACAGCUCACAGUCACUUGAAGCUGGUGGGGAAGUUGUAUGAUCAGUGCCAGGAUACUCUGGUGCAGUUUGGGACAUUCCUCGGGUCCACGUACACCGUGGAGGAGUACAUGGAGCGUCUACCAUCCAUUCACAGCAUGCUCCAGGAAUACCAUAUUCACUCCGAUGUGGCCUUCUUCCUGGCUCGUCCCAUGUUUUCCCAUCAAAUUAAUCAAAAGUACGAUCAGUUGAGAAAAGCUGAUCCUAACUCCAAGAAACUCACCACGUCGCAGAAAUUGAGCAAGUAUCUGGAGGCCACGGCGUCCGUGAUGGUGCCGAUUGUGGAGUCUGUACGCCCUCUGCAUCCGCCCAAAGUCUGGGAGGAUGUCAGUCCGCAGUUUCUGGUGACCUUCUGGUCCCUCAGCAUGUACGAUUUGCAGGUCCCGGCUGAAAGUUACCUGAAGGAAAUUGCCAAGUUGAAGCAGAUGUCGAGUCAAGUGAUGGAGUCCAAGGAGAUGAAUGCUUCGAAAGGGAAGAAGGAACAGGAGAGAUAUUUGGCACUCAUUGAUAAGUUGCAGGAUGAGAGGAAGAAGCAGCAGGAGCAUGUGGAUAAAAUCCUGCAUCGUCUGUCACAGGAGAAGGAUUCCUGGUUUUUGUCGAGGAGCGUCAAGACGGCAAAGAAUGAGACGAUAACGCAAUUUCUGCAGCUCUGCCUCUUUCCACGAUGCACCUUCACGGCGCUCGAUGCCAUCUUCUGUGCUAAAUUUGUUCACACCAUUCACAGUCUCAAAACUGCCAACUUCUCCACCUUACUCUGCUACGAUAGGAUCUUCUGUGACAUCACGAACUCGGUGACUUCUUGCACGGAGAAUGAGGCAACGCGCUAUGGGAGAUUUCUCUGUGCAAUGCUAGAGACGGUGAUGCGUUGGCAUGCAGAUCAGGCGGUUUUUAACAAGGAAUGCGCCAAUUUUCCUGGCUUUGUCACCAAAUUCCGGGUCAGCAAUCAGUUUUCUGAGGCAAAUGAUCAUGUUGGCUAUGAGAAUUAUCGACAUUUGUGUCACAAGUGGCACUACAAAAUUACCAAAGCCAUGGUUUUCUGCCUGGAUUCCAAGGAUUACAUGCAAAUCCGCAAUUCACUGAUAAUCCUCAUGAAAAUCCUUCCACACUUUCCUGUGCUCACCAAAUUGUCUCAGAUCAUUGAGAAGAAGGUGGAAAAGGUGAAGGAUGAGGAGAAGAAUCAAAGACAGGAUCUCUACAUUCUGGCUGCCAGUUACAUUGGGCAGCUCAAGGCGAAAGCCAGUCAGAUGAUCAGGGAGAGUGAUUUCCAUCAGGUCAAAGAGGCAGCCGCAGAGAAGGUUGUUAAUGGAGAUACAAAAGCUGAGAAAAAGGAGGUGAAGGAGCGCGUUGAGAAGAGUAGCAGCAAAUCGUCAUCGGCUGCUAAGACUUCAUCAACUCAGCCGGCACCGACGCCGGCGGCUGAGAAGGUGGAGAAGGAGAAGGAAUCGACGCCGGCGGAGAGAGUGAAGAAGGAAUCGUCAACGAGGGAGAGUUCAAAUAGGACACAGGGGACGAAGGAGAAGACACCCAAGGAGAUCAGGAAGGAGGAGAGGCAGAGGGAGAAGAGGGAAGAGGCCAAGAGCCGGAAGAGGGAUAAGGAGAAGAGGAGAGAGAGGAAGGCAGCAUCGCCGGCGUACUAUGAUGUUCCCGUGGAGAGAUAUUAUGCCAUUGAUCACUAUGAUCAUGAGAGGGAACGUGAUAGGGAUCGUGAUCUCAGUUCAGUGUCCAAUUCUAGCAAUGGAUCGACGCACAGGAGGAGUCAGGAGCCGCCAGAGCAAGAGAGUAGAGACUCCAAAAGGCGUAAAAUGGACGUGAGCUCGAGGGUUAGUAUUGUGGAGCAUUCAAAACGUUCUUGGCGAUGAUAUAUCUAAGAAAACAAACAAAAAAAAAUCGUUUAGAAGAAAUUGAUUGAGAUCCUCUUCUUGUGUGAUACAAGUUUACUUUAAUUUUUUUGUUUUGCACAUUUUCUUGUGCAACAAAAAUCUUCUUUUUCCCCCUGAAAAAAAAGAUACCCCAAAAGAAAUCCUCCUCUUAAGCGCCAAAAAAAAGAGAUUUAGGGAUUAUUUUGUGCGGGGGAAAAACGGUUGAAGAUGGACAAUUGAACAAUGAGAGAGAUUGCAAAUAAAAUUUUAAGGAUAAAAUAAAAA